CAACGCCUGUGUUCAUGUCGCAGCCGCUAUCGAUGAGCAUGGGCAUGGGCAUGGAUGCAGGGCCUGCCACAUCGCCGCCGCUCCUGCACUGCUUGCUUGCUCGAGCGACCUGCUUGGCUCGCACCGGUCCCAAUCAUAUCCAUCAAGAACGCAUUCCAGCUCGCAGCGCGGCUCGCAGCGCGGCUCGCAGGAAGGACUGCCUCCUCCGCCUUGCUCCGGGAGAUGUUUCAUCUCUGCGACGACCUCUGUUGUGACGACUCCUCGGCAACAGCACCCCGCCAGCUGUUUCCCUUGGAUCCUGUGACAUUACCAAAUCCAGUGCAUAUCCAGUUCGAUUCGAUUUCCCACAUUCGCCAGCUCGACCAGUCUGACCAAUCCAGCCAAAUUCACCAAUCGGACCAACUCACCAAUCGGAUAGCUUGGCUGAUUUCACCAGUUCAAACAACUUCGGUAUCGCCCUCAAGAACCAGACCAUCUCCCGACACUGCCCAUUCCGAACCGCAUCCACCCGCACCCAUAUCACUUUCGCACGCCAACUCUUCAUUUCGAUUUCGCUUGCCAGCGGCAUGCCGUCCCUCCCGGCUUGCCCGCAGCCAGCCACGUCCCGGCCAGUGCAACUUUCACCGCGUGUUUUUGGCCGCCGUGCGACCGCCUCGCCACCGCCCAGCCAAACAAACGCCUGCUUUUGGCUGUGCGGCUCCCGCUGGCCGUUGAUCCUCGGGGCUCCUGGCGCUCUCGUCCAAGUCCUUCGUCCGCUGCCGACACAUCGCAUGCCCUGUCGUCAGCAUGACUCGGCCGUCGCUUGCACUCGCCCUGGCCCUUUGGAUGGUCUCGACGCUCGAUGCCCAGGUCGAUGCCCGUGGCGAUGCCCGUGUCGAUGCCUCCCAGCACCAUCUCCGGAAGCGGUUCCUCAGUUCGCAUGAAUCCAGCUUGCUACCGAAAUGGACGAGGUACGACGUCCUUGACAGCAUCGCUUGGCUCUGGGUGGCAUUGCUCAACACAGUCCGCCCAACAUUCUAACGUCCAACAACCUCAAAUGCACCCGCCCGGCUUGACAUCCCCCAAUCGACCUGGCC